UGCCUUUGAUAAAGCAGGGGAAUUUUGCAUGUCAUUACAAUACCAGCAUGCACGUAAAGCCAUGUAAUUACAGUAAUCUAACCAAAAUUCUCCUCUCCCUCUGCUCCAAGUCCAAAUCUUUUCUCCAAACCAAACAAACUCACGCCUUUGCCAUCCUCCAUGGCCUCCUCCCCACUGAUAUUUCCAUCUCCGCCUCUCUCAUUCUCCGCUACUCUGCUUUCAGUUCCCCUUCAACUUGUCACCUUCUGUUCCAACAAGCUCUUCCCUAUUCUCGAACACCUUUCUUAUGGAACACCUUCAUCCGUGCUUUAUCCAUUGUUAGAGUUAAGCACGACGGAUUUCAGUUUCAUGUUUACAAUACAAUGCUUCGAACCGGAAUAAAACCCGACGUCCAUACUUUUCCUUUCCUUCUCAAGGCAUGUGCCGAUGUUUUUUGUUUUAAAAAAGGUGUGGAGAUUCAUGGAAGUGUUAUUAAAACUGGGUUUGGUGCAGAUGUUUCAGUAGGGAAUACCCUUCUGCUUUUUUAUGGCAAUUGCGGGGGUUUGAGGGAAACGAGGAAAGUGUUUGAUGAAAUGCGUGAGAGAGACGUUGUGUCGUGGAAUACGGUUCUUGGGGUUUUUUCGGUUAAUGGAUUUUACUUGGAGGCCCUUAAUUUUUUCUCCCUGAUGAAUUUUAGUUCUGGGAUGAAGCCCAAUAUGGUUACUUUUGUCACUCUGUUGCCUGUUUGUGGAAGGAUUGGAGAUAAAAGGUUGGUAGCGCAGAUUCAUGGGAGUGUUGUUAAGGUUGGAUUUAAUUUUGAAGUUAGCAUUGGGAAUGCAUUGGUUGAUGCAUAUGGGAAAUGUUGGAAUUCAGAUGAUUCAAAACGAGUUUUUGAUGAAAUGGUGGAUAAAAAUGGGGUUUCUUGGAAUGCAAUAAUUACUAGUCUAGCUUACAUGGGGCUCAAUAGGGAUGCAUUGGAUAUGUUUAGGUUGAUGAUGGAUGUUGGGCUGAAACCUGAUUCCUUCACUAUAUCAAGUAUGAUAGCAUUGUUGGUUGAAUUAGAAUUUUUCAAUUUAGCAAAGGAGAUUCAUGGUUUUAGUUUGAGAUUUGGUAUCGAACACGAUGUUUUCAUUUCAAACACAUUGAUUGAUAUGUAUGCAAAAUCAGGUCACCCCAGUGCAGCUUCAAAUGUGUUUCACCACAUGAAUGUUAGAAGAAAUGUUGUUUCAUGGAAUGCCAUGGUUGCCAAUUUUGCUCAAAAUAGGCUUGAAUUAGCGGCUAUAGAACUACUAAGAGAAAUGCAGGCUCAUGGCGAGGUUCCAGAUUCUAUCACCCUAACAAAUGUUCUGCCAGCUUGUGGACAGGUAGGGUUUCUUCGAAAUGGAAAAGAAAUUCAUGGUAGAACAAUUCGUCUCGGAUCCAAUCAUGAUCUGUUUGUUUCUAAUGCUCUGACAGACAUGUAUGCAAAAUGUGGAUACCUAAAUCUUGCUCAAAAUGUCUUUAACAACUCAGUUAAGGAUGAAAUCUCUUACAAUAUUUUGAUUGUAGGCUAUUCUCAAACUAGUGAAUGGACAAAAUCUGUGGGUUUAUUCUCAGAAAUGGGGCUCAUUGGCUUGAAGCAUGAUGUAGUUUCAUUCAUGGGUGUUGUAUCAGCCUGUGCAAACCAAGCCGCAUUCAAGCAAGGCAAAGAGAUCCAUGGAUUGGCAGUGAGAAAGCAUUUUCACACUCAUCUCUUUGUUGCUAAUUCCCUAUUAGAUUUCUACACUACAUGUGGAGAAAUUGACACUGCUAGGAAGCUCUUUGACCAGAUUCAACACAAGGACGUUGCCUCAUGGAAUACUAUGAUUUUAGGUUACGGAAUGCUAGGUGAAUUAAACCUCGCCAUCAGUUUUUUUGAAGCAUUGAAGGAAGCAGGCAUUGAGUAUGAUUCAGUUUCAUAUAUUGCAAUACUAUCAGCUUGUAGCCAUGGCGGACUACUUGAUGAAGGGAGGAAAUAUUUCGAAGCAAUGAAAGCUCAGAAAUUUAAGCCAACAGAGAUGCAUUAUGCGUGUAUGGUUGAUCUUCUUGGCAGGGCUGGCCUACUGGAAGAAGCAGAACAACUUAUUAAAAGCUUGCCAAUUACCCCAGAUGCUAAUAUUUGGGGUGCUUUACUUGGUGCAUGCAGAAUUUUCGGAAAUGUUGGGUUAGGGUGUUGGGCUGCCGAGAAUUUGUUUAAGUUAAAGCCCCAGCAUGCUGGAUACUAUGCUGUGCUUUCAAACAUGUUUGCCGAAGCAGGGAAAUGGGAUGAGGCAAAUAGGGUUAAGGAAAUGAUGAAAUUGAGGGGCGCAAGGAAGAAACCUGGCUGUAGUUGGGUUCAUAUCCAAGACCAGGUUCAUGCUUUUGUUGUUGGAGAGAGAAUGGAGAGAUUGAAUCCAACCUUAUGGCUUGCUUGAUAUAGUAUAAUUUUGUUAUGGCCAUUUUUUUAUUAAAUUGGCAGUUCAUUUGGUGAGAUUGUUUUUGCGUAUUUGUCAAGGAUAGGAAUGUGAAAAUGGGGAAGGAAGUGAGAGGGAGUAGGGUCAGCAUGGACACACUCAUUUGGCCCUAUACAGUGAGCAAAGGAAGCACUCCAUGGCACCCAUCUGAGACAGGGAAGGAACAAUGGCGUGCUGGUGCCCAUAUUGAUCAAAACCGGUGCCUGAAUUUGAUCAUGUCUACUAUCAACCAAGCUUGUCGGGACUACCCCUUGGACAGUAUUUGAUGCUUAAGGAGCUCCUAUCUGCCCAGUUUUAGCCUGCAACUUUCAAGAUGGAAGAGAAAAAGGAGGAGAAAAUCAGAAUUUACAUGUUCACUCACCUGCCUUUGCAUCAAUACCAACUUCCUAUCGCUUCAAAAUUCUUUAAAAUGAAUAUUUAUUCUUUUUGUAGCCUUGAAACAGACGUAGUUCUAGGGCUUCUCUGACACGAGAGCAACGCAUUUUGUUUUUAAGUUCCAAUUGAUGGGUCUAAUUUUCAAGAUAGUAAAAUGAAUGUAAAUCAAUAAUAUAAUUUGCAUGCCAA